CAGACGCUGGUCAAUAUAUUCCCACAUACCCCAACAGCCAUGAGAUUUAAAUUCUUUGCGUCCCUUCGUUACCAUCCCGCUGGGUCAAAGAAAUCGAAAAUCAAAAAAUACUAUUGAGAAGACGAAAAAGACGUGACGACUUUCAAACAUUUUCUUAACAAAAACAGCCGCCAUUCUUAUAUUUUAUCUAUUCCUGAUUCAUCCUUUUUUUUCUAUUUAAAGAAUUUGACGUUUUAUUGAUGGCAUCCAUUCAUACAUCUCAAUCAAUCGGUCAGUGAAGCAAUCACACCUACCUAGGUACCAUACAAACAAUCAUCAAACUCCGAUAGUGAAAGACGAAAAGCGCGGAAUCUUUCAUCUACCAAAAAUACAUCAAUCCGUCUUUGCCGACAAACAUCCAUUUCUCUACCGCCAUUUUGUACUACCUUGAAUAUUCUCAAGGAACACGAUCCGUGAGGCAAAAUCAUUCCAUCAUCACUCACCAUCAUAAUCACAGGCGAUUCGGCUGGACCAAUCUAUCAUUCACUCUGAACCAUAUUUCGUCGAGAAAGGAAGGAAGAACCCCAUUUCGAAUACACGUGAGUGAAGUGUAGUUCCAUUCCUUUGCUACAUUUCUCUAAGAAAGAGAAAGUGUCGAGCAUCGAGUAUCAAGUAUCAGUUUAAUCAUUUGCGCCGAUUGAUCCGAUUCACUCUCUGACUUGACUCGACUUCGGGCGACAAUCUGGUCAAGAGGAGAACACAUCCUUUUAAUCAACAAUAAUCGACCAUCAUCAUUUAUGUGAUCUUCCAAACCUCGGGGAGAAGAUCAAAAUCCUAUUUGUACUUAUUGCGACCGAUAUCAUUUACUGGUACCGGACAGAAAGUAAAUUCAUUCGACGACACCGUGGAGGUUUUGGAAAUAUUCAUCACAAUCAUCAGUCCAGGAUUUAUUUCGUGGUGUCUUGUCUUUACAAAUCAUCUGGUCUCCACAUUUCUCAACGGAUCUCAGCUCAGCAAAGGGCAACGUCGAUAAGGUCACGAGUUUAUUCUCACUGAGAAGUUUUCGCAUCAACAAGCCACUCGUCAAAGAUUCCAAACCUUAGAUUUGAAGUCUAUAUUACUCAAAGCAGGGAAGGAGUAUUAACGAAUGGAAGGGUAAUUCGAUAAACUCGACCUUUGAAGAUAUUUUCUAUUGGGAUUUAGAAAGCGCGCGUCUGCUAUUUUGGGAAGGAACGUGACCUUUACUCGAAUUUCAUUCGAGCCCCGUCAUAUUGGAGCACUUGAUUUAUCAAAUACUUUUAAUACCGUACGUUUAACCGUCGAAAAGAGAUUUUCUCCUUUGUCUCUAAAAUUUCCACUAUCGCAAUAGGGUAAAUCAACUUUUAUGAAGGCGCCUAACACCAUGACUACAGAACAAAGUCUCCUUGGACCUCAGGAGCUUGCGGAUAUAGCCCGAGAAAUCUUGGUGGUCAACUCAAGCAGUGAAGGAGGAUUAGAAAACACUCAAAAUAUCGCUGAAAUGGCGAGUCCAGGAGGUGCAGAUAAGCAAGUGGAAUCACCAACUGCUAGAUUUACGGCAGUAAAUGGGAGGAAUCAAACCGAAGUUCCGCCUUCGACCAAUGGCAAUGGGAAUGGAAAUAGCAAUGGUGUGAACGGCAAUGGUGUGGCAAGGAGGGGUUCCGAUGAGCGAUCAAAUGGACAACCUCGAAUCUCACCUCCAGGUCACGAGAGAUUGACCAUCACAACUACACAGGAGCAAGAUUGGCCUUCUUCCACGAAUGGAGAGCGUACUAAUUUACCCGAUCGCCAAAUGAAUAAUAGCCAAAACUCAAAUCAUUAUUCAGACGAAAAUUCCCACAAACGUAAAAGAUCGGGUUCCAUGGAUCAAGGCUCAUCAUCAGCAAAUUCAUACCACAGUCAUGCUCUACCGAAUUCUACAAAAGCAACACCAACUACGGCGACCACCGAAUCCGAUGGUAACAGAGAUGAAGCAACUGCUCGAGCAAAAUCUCAAUCUCAGGUUGACUCUAGAGAUACCUAUAGUUCCGAUGCACCGUAUAGGCAAUUCAUGUCAGCAAAUGAUUCAGCUCGGGAAGCGGCUCCAAGUGAUUUGUGGCAUUCCCGACAUUAUGUUCAACACCCCCAAGUCAAUUCCGAUGAGCACCUUGGAGAGGUUUUACAAAGAGCAUCUCAAAAUUUAGACGCGCAGCAACAUGAGUACGACCGUCGUACACUUUCUGGUGAUGAUAACAGAUAUGCCGAUCCUCAAUCUGCAUAUGGUCAAGAGAGACGGGAAUUGUCGGCACAAUCAGAUCUCAAGAAGCGGAAAAGAAAUUUCAGUAAUCGGACCAAGACGGGUUGUAUGACAUGCAGACGAAGAAAGAAGAAAUGCGAUGAAUCUAGGCCGGAGUGUAAAUUAUUCGAAGUUCAUUUUCUUGACUUUUACUGACUUUAGAUAUAGGUAACAACUGUCUCCGUGGGGGGUUCGUCUGUUCAGGAUAUCAACAAAGAGGUCAAUACCCAAAGGUCGAAAUGAAACAAACUCCAGUUCCAUUACAAUCCAAGACGGAAUACGAGAGCCCAUCUUCAUAUACGCAACCAUCACCAUAUGGAAAUCAACCCGGAAUUCCUACUCGAAGGGAACCGUUACCUACAUACCGUGGUCAGAGCUUACGUGUGGAUCCUCACAGCAGAUCUAUGACGGAUGGGGACGAUCAAGCAAGUGCGACGACCUUACCUAGUGCUUCAAUCACAAGUCCAGAGAAUAAUAGAAUAACUGCAUCAAGCUAUGGAAUCCAGCAAACACCAACUCCCGUGAGCGCAAAUAGUGCUCAUCCUGACCGUUAUAAGAAUGAGUAUUCACGCGUCGGUCCUCUUCACGAUCUUUCCAGGCAAGAGCCUAGAACAGAAUCAGAUACUGGCACACCACAUUCUGCUCGUGAACCUAGUUCUGCUCUUCCAAAUCUAUUAAAUCACCAGAUUCACCCCGAUAGUCCUCAUAGCAGCGCUCAAGUUGCAGCUCAAUUAGCACUUUCUCACCCUGCAAGUCGACCACGAACUCAAAAAGAGGAAAUGUUAGCUGGUCGUCAUUACUUCCCAUUUGAUAAAGAACUGGUCCUCGAGCGUGAACGCUGUAAUACAGCUUGCUGGCGUUUUAACAAUAGCACUAAUCCUAAUAAUGGUGUGUCACCAGAAGAACGUGCUCGUCAAUUUCGAGAUAUUCUUCAGCCACGCGAUCACGUCAUCUCUCCCAGUCAGGCUUCACCUGCCAAUCCUGUUGGCAAAGUUGGUGAUAAUGUGGUCGUUGAAGCACCAUUUACUUGUGAUUAUGGGUAUAAUAUUAGCAUUGGACAAGAUGUGGCGAUUGGAAAGAAUUGUACGAUUCUCGAUACUUGCGAGGUUAAGAUUGGCGAUCGUUGCAACAUCGGUCCGAAUGUUAGUAUCUAUACUGCAACACUACACACAGAUCCCAAAAGAAGACUUGGAUCUCGAGGACCAAAUUUGGGAAGAAAGAUUAUUAUUCAGGAAGAUUGUUGGAUUGGUGGUGGUGUAACAAUCUUGCCUGGGAGAACUAUUGGAAAGGGCAGUACGGUGGGAGCAGGAUCUAUCGUUACAAGAGAUGUUCCACCUUAUACAGUAGCUUGUGGAAAUCCGGCAAGAGUCAUUCGUGGUCUAUACCCACCACAUGAGUGAAUGAGCUAGUGGAAAUUUCUUCCAUUUCAUCGUAGACGAUGAGCUGAUGGAUUCUUUAUCUGUUUCUUUUAAUCUUUUUUUUCCGUGCCAUUCCACUAUACCUAGGGAUCUUUUCGGGAGUUUUCACUUUGCACCAUUGUCUGAGGGGUUAGAUGGAGGACUGGAGAUUUUUUUGAAUGCUCUAGCAUCUUGGUUCAGCUUUUGGCGCGAGGAGUAGCUGAAUGGUGAUUCGGAGUUCUAUUACUAUAGCCUUUUCACUUUUUUUAUUUGUUUGUGUUUGUUGUUCAUUAUGAUGACAUGUAGGAUGAUUGGAUGAAGAUGAUUGGGAGCCUGUAGAUGCAGGAUUUUUGUAUACAUGGGUGAUUUGGAAUAGUGGUUAGAAGAUGUUUGUUGGAAUAGUAGAUGGUGGAUGCGGGAUAGUGAGAUGGUGAAAUGAAAAAGUAUAUCAUACAA